UACAACAUUUAUUAUAAUAAUUUAUAUUUUGUUUUUGAUUUCAAUAUUAAUUUAUAUUUUACAAAAUUUCCAUAAUAUUGACAAUGAAAUGGAGACAUUCUAUUAUUUUCUUGCACUUUUCACUGUUUUAUUUAAAAUGAUUAUUAUUCUCAUUAAACGUAAAACAGUUAUUGAGACACAAAAAUUAUUUAUGAAUAAAUUAUGUCAACCAAGAGAUAAUUUUGAAUUAGAUAUUUUACAACGAACAUCAAUUUCUUGUAGAUUAUAUACAAUUGUCUACUUAAUUUUAAUGAAUUGUACUGCAUUGUCAGUUUUAUUAUUUCCACCAACAAAAAGUGGUGAUUUAACAUUACCACUUAAAGUUUGGACGCCAUAUAGUCUUAAUUUAAGAAAAUUAUUUUUCUUAACUUACAUACAUCAAGGAAUUUCUGCAUUAUUGGCAGCUUGCGCAACUUCAGCUGUUGAAAGUUUAGCAUUUGUAAUAAUUAUACAAAUUUGUGCCCAAUAUGAAAUUCUCAAUCAUCGAUUAAAUUUACUUUCAGAAUUAUCGACAAAAAAUAAUUAUUAUCCUCAUUAUCAAUGUGAAUCGAAAAUUCUUAAAGAUUCUGUAAUGCUUCACAUUCAUAUUUUUUCAAUCGGAGAUACUUUAAAUAAAUUAUAUGGUUCAAUGAUAUUUUUUCAAUUUUUCUCAUCAUCAAUGAGUUUAUGUCCAAUUACUUAUCAAUUAACAAAAUUAUCCACAACCGAUCCAAAAAGUUGGAUUUUAUUCUUUCUAUUAAUAUCUACUUUAUUACAAAUUUAUAUUUAUAGUUAUUUCGGUGAUAAAAUUAUGGCAAAGAGCGUUGCACUUAUGAAAAAUGUUUACGAUAUGAAAUGGUUAUGCAUAACAAAUAAAACAAAAAGAGAUUUGAUAUUGAUAAUGACACGGGCAUCGAGGCCCGUAACAUUUAUGGGCUUUAAAAUUGUUAUAAUGUCAACAGACACAUUUGUACAGAUAGUUAAAUCCGCAUAUUCAGCCUACAGUUUGCUUAAACGUGUCUAAAAAAAAAAACACAGAAAAAAUUAAAUAUACUCACAUUUUUUUUUCCAAAAUUUGGAAUUCAUUAAUUAUAAUUUUUA